GUGACGUCAGGGGCAUCGAGGCGGUCUGCCACAGCUCGUCCGCAAGAAGAAGUGAACCCGGGACGCAUCUGAAAUCCUAUCUGCGGACAGAGACACAAUCAGGCCAUAAAGACAUCUUCUUGGAGCAGCAUGUCAGCUGGAAACGGCCAGGCUCAGAAAGACGCGGCCUGUCAAAGUGGAGCAGCUGUUUUCCUCUCGAACCCUCUGAUGAGUGACGUGGAAUCGGACUGGUCUCCAGUUCAUGAUGCAGCCUUCAACGGGAGGAUCCUCACUCUGAGGAAGCUCCUGGCACAGGGUGCAUGCGUGAAUCUCAACACUCUGGAUAAAGUCUCGCCGCUGCAUGGAGCGUGCAUGCAGGGCCACACUGCAUGCGCCCAGUUUUUGAUGGAAAAUGGGGCAAAUGUGAACGGUUCGAGCGUGGACGGCCGCACUGCGCUCACACAGGCCUGUGCCCGGGGCCAUGUGACCUGCGUGUCGCUGCUCCUCCAGCACGGAGCCGACCCCCGGGGCGCCGGCCCGGCCGGCUCUCCCAUCCACAGCGCUGCAGCCGAAGGUCAGCCGCAGUGCAUUGAACCUCUUGUUCGGCGCGGAGCGGACGUGGAUCAGCAUAUCGACACGUUAGGAUCCCCUCUCCAGGUUGCCUGCUCCAAUCAGCGUCUGGGCGCCGUGAAGAAGCUGCUCCAGCUCGGUGCCAGUGUGAACAGGAGUGUGUGUGGCGACGCUCCCCUGCACAUCGCCGCCCGCCUGUCCAGCCCCGAGCUGCUGACGGUGCUGCUGGACCACGGGGCGGACCGCUCCCUCCUCAACCCGGAGGGGAAGACGCCGCUGCAGCUCGCGGCUCCCGGCAGCUGGGCGGAGACGCUGCUCCGACAGGCAGGAGGAGUGGCUCCUCUGGUCCAGCUGUGCCGGAUACACAUCAGGAACACUGUGGGCAGGCAGAGGCUGGGCGGCAUCCGUGACCUCCACCUCCCCGCAGAGCUGAUUCAGUAUCUCCUCUUCCAAUCAGACCUCAGGGGGGAAACAUUGCACUGAACGUCAUUUCAGGUUUUGGUCAGCAGGGGGAGCACUUGUUCAAUCCAGCAAGGGCCAGAGACCACUACACCAUGGACUAUUUUAAACAGAGAUGCCACAUCAUGUCUCACAUGCUGAAGAUUUCCAUCCUAAACUAUGGAUGUGCCACAAAAAAAGAUGCAUUUCAGUUUUCUGUGUAGAAUUGCAUGUUCUCCCUUUGCGUAUGAGAGAUUUCUCCAAGUACACUGGCUUCCUCACACUGUUUGAGGCUAAUCAGUGAUUGUGAAUCUACUGUAGGUGUGAAUGUGAGUGUGUGUGUGUCUCUGGACGGAUGGAUUUAUGGAUUCAUGAGCAUAAAUGAUAAAGAAUUCAAAAUAAAAACACUGAGACUUUGCAAUCUAUGUGAUAAAUCUGAAAUUUAUGUAUGUUCUGUUGUUCUACUAAAACAUUUCGAGGUGUUCCUGUAAACCAAUAUUAUAAGCUACUAGGAAAAACCCAUUUAUUUCUAUUCCAAAUGUUGCCUUUCUGGGCUUGAAUAAUAAAGCAAUAAUGAUCCAUUAAAUCACAUGUAUU